AUGGCUUCCCUUGAUCCGAUCGCGACCGCCUUCAUUGACUACAAGUACGAUGAGGCUGUUGGCUUCGAAGGCAUCGACGGCAUACCCUGCCUGGCCUGUGUUGCGACCAUCGAUCAUGAUGUUCGCUGCCGUUGUCUUGUAAACGAGUCCGGUGACACUUCUUGUCUUCUUUGCGACCGAAACGAAACGGUCUGUGACUUGUACUGGAACUUCGUGGUCAAUCUGUCUCGCCGUGAAUCCCAAACUUCGUAUAGAUCAAGUGUUUCGCCUACUGCCACCGGGCGCCAGAUCUGGCGUCGUGGUCGCGCUCUUGGGGGUUGCGGGUCUGCUUGGCGCGAACUGCACAUGCGCCUCAAGAACCCGGACAAUCUCAAAAUCCUUGCUGUCAAAGAGUCAACCUCAAGUCGUGAGAUGCUAGCUCUCUCGCUCCUCCAGUCUGUAGGUCAGCCUCUAGCCGAAUACUCUCCCAUAACACGUUUGCUCUCCAGGCCGGCGCCAAUCUUUCCUUGGAGGAAGUCCGCGAUCGCAUCGCCGCUGUCCAACCCGCCUACACUAGCACCGGCAAAUCUGUUGGCACCCUUCGAGAUUCACUUGUUCGCUUGUCCUCCGCUGUGCGGUCGUUUACUCUGGUGGGAUGCCUGUUUAUUCUGGUCAAAAGGCUUUGAUGUCGAGGAAUAG